AUGGAGAAUUGUAACCCGGCCACCACUCCACUUUCUGUAUCUGAGACCUUGGCGAGAGACACCGGUACUCCACUCAGUUCAGAUGAUGCUCAUCGGUAUCGCAGUGUAGUUGGUGGAUUGCAGUAUUUGACACAUACCAGGCCAGAUAUCUCGUUCGCUGUCAACAAAGUUUGUCAGUUCUUGUCACAGCCCACGGAUGUUCAUUGGGAAUCUGUCAAGCGUAUUCUACGUUAUGUCAAAGGGACACUGGAAACAGGCUUACGUUUCCACAGGUCCACAUCUACUGUCAUCAGUAUUUUUACAGACGCUGAUUGGGCUGGAUGUGUUGAUGAUAGGCGGUCCACUAGUGGGUUUGCAGUAUUUGUUGGUCCAAAUCUUGUUUCUUGGAGUGCAAAGAAGCAACCUACUGUCUCGAGAUCUAGUACUGAGGCAGAGUGUAUAAAGCAUUGGCUAAUGGAGCUGCUGAAGCUAUUUGGGUAA